CGCUGGGCGACGGCGCACUUUGAAAUGCAGCGCGAUUUAAUGAGUUUCCCCCUGGCCCCGGCUGUGCGGGUGAAGCUCGUGUCUGCAGGUUUUCAGACCGCAGAGGAACUCCUCGAGGUGAAACCCUCGGAGCUCAGCAAAGAAGCUGGGAUAUCUAAAGAGGAAGCCUUAGAAACUCUGCAAAUUAUAAGAAGAGAAUGUCCCACUAACAAGCCAGGAUGUGCUGGAACAGCUGAGUCAGGCAAGAAGUGUACAGCUCUGGAACUUCUUGAGCAGGAGCAUACCCAGAACUUCAUAAUUACCUUCUGUUCAGCACUGGAUAAUAUUCUUGGGGGUGGAGUACCCUUAACCAAAACAACGGAGAUUUGUGGUGCACCAGGUGUUGGAAAAACACAAUUAUGUAUGCAGUUGGCAGUAGAUGUGCAGAUACCGGAAUGUUUUGGAGGAGUGAAUGGUGAAGCGGUUUUUAUUGAUACAGAAGGAAGUUUUAUGGUUGAUAGAGUGGUAGAUCUCGCUACUGCCUGUAUUCAGCACCUUCAUCUUAUAGCAGGAACACAGAUGGGAGAGGAGUAUUCAAAAGCUUUAGAGGAUUUCACUCUUGAGAAUAUUCUUUCCCAUAUUUAUUAUUUUCGUUGUUGUGACUACAUAGAACUGUUGGCACAAGUUUACCUCCUUCCAGACUUCCUUUCAGAACACUCAAAGGUUCGAUUAGUUAUAGUGGAUGGGAUUGCAUUUCCUUUUCGUCAUGACUUAGAUGACCUACCACUUCGGACUCGAUUACUGAAUGGCCUGUCCCAGCAAAUGAUCAGCCUUGCAAAUAAUCACAGAUUAGCAGUAAUUCUAACUAAUCAGAUGACAACAAAAAUUGAUAAAAACCAAGCCUUGCUGGUUCCUGCAUUGGGGGAAAGUUGGGGACAUGCUGCUACAAUUUGGCUAAUUUUUCAUUGGGACCAAAAGCAAAGGUUGGCAACUUUGUACAAAUCACCAAGUCAGAAGGAAACUACAGUGCUGUUUCAAAUCACACCUCAAGGAUUUAGGGAUGCUGUUGUUUCUGCAUGUUCAUCGCAAACAGAAGGUUUGUUGAGUUCCCGGAAACGGUCACGAGAAUCAGAAUAAGAAGAGGAUCCAAAGAUUAUUGUCAAAGUAUGCAUGUGUUCAUGUUCUGAGUUGUAGUCUUUACAAAUAGUAAAUUCAUGCUAUUGUGUGUGU